AUGUCAGACAAUAUCACACCUUCCAAUAGUUUAAUGGAAUAUUUUUUAAAAGACUACAUACCUUCAUUUCCUCCUUAUCUUCCACUAAAACAUUUUUUAAAAGACAAAAGGAAUGGCGAUCCUAAAAGUAAAGCUCCGAGCAAAUUUAUAAUAUUUCGAGCAUGCAUUACAGCAGAAAUAAAAGAUUUAAAAUUUCGAAUAGGUGACGCUCUUAGCUUUUCUCGUAUUGCUAGCAAUCAAUGGAAAAAACUACCAGAAUUUCAAAAAGAAGCCUACAAAAAAAUGUCAUGUGAUUUAAAAGAGCUUGAAAAACAUAAAUAUUCACGCAAGAAGGACCGGAAGUCCAGCCAAAAUUCUAUUCCCCAGUUUCACUCUGCUGGCUAUCAAGAGAAAUAUAGUGAUCAACUUUCCGGUUUUCAAGACAAAUCCAUCCAAAAUGUUACUCCUCAACUUUUCGGUUCUCAAGACGAAUCGACACAAAAGCUUACUUUUCAGUCUGAUUGCUCUUCUGGUUAUCAAGAUAAAUCCGCACAAAAUUCUGCUAUUCAGUUUGAUCACCUUUCUUGUUAUCAAGAAAAAUCUAUCCAAAAUCUUACUCUUCAAUUUUCAAACUAUCAAAAUGAAAAACCCACACAAAAUCCUUUUUUUCAAUUUGAUUAUUCUUCGAGUAAUCAAGAUAAAUCCAUCCAAAAUCCUAAUCUUCAACGUUCCAAUUCUCAAGAAGAAUCGACACAAAGUCCUGCUCUUCAAUUUGAUCACUUUCCUAAAUAUCAAGUCGAAUCUAAACAAAACCUUAUUCUUUCAUUUGAUCAUUUUUUCGGUAAUCAAGACGAGCCCACACUUAAUUCUGAUCCCAUUUCCAGUUAUCAAGAUGAGAACAGACAAAAUAUUGCUUUUCAGUUGGACUACAUUUCUAAUAAUCAAAACGAAUCCCAUAUAAAAUCUAACUCUUUAGUUUGA